UCCGCUCAAAGUCUACCGUUAUUUUUUACUCUUUUUCCUUUGCAAAACGUUGAAUAUCUAGAAUGGGACAGACUGGCUCUCAGCUGGAGGACAUGGUCAACUCCUCAAAUUUCUCCGCCGAAGAGAUCCAGCGUCUGUAUAAACGCUUUAUGAAGCUUGAUAAAGAUAAUAACGGCUCUAUAGAUCGCGAAGAAUUCCUUUCCAUUCCACAGAUCGCAAACAAUCCAUUAGCGUCUCGCAUGAUUGCCAUUUUCGAUGAAGAUGGCGGUGGUGAUGUAGACUUCAAAGAAUUCAUCAAAGGUCUUAGUGCUUUCAGCGCCAAGGGAAACCAACGAGAAAAGUUAGAAUUUGCUUUCAAAGUGUACGACAUGGAUCGUGAUGGUUUUAUCUCCAAUGGAGAACUGUUCCUUGUCCUUAAGAUGAUGGUCGGUAACAAUCUCAAAGAUAAUCAGCUACAGCAGAUCGUUGAUAAGACUAUCAUGGAGGCCGAUAAGGAUCUAGACGGCAAGAUCAGCUUUGAUGAAUUCUUGGUCAUGGUGGAGACUACAGACGUCGCUAAGCAGAUGACGUUGGAAAACUUUUAAUUUAAGGCUAUCUCGGUUUCGUCCCACUCAAUCUAUCCACCUUAUAUGAGACUCCAUUGCAGCGAGGAAACGUUUUCGUGUUCUCCCAAUCUAGUUUGAUCAUCCCAUUGGGUUGUAUAAAAUAUUCACCACCCUAUUAUUGCAGUUU